UCAUCAAAUGAUAUCAAAUUAAUAUCUAGGUCGAUCAAUGGCAGGACAGGCAGUAUAAUGAUGACAACCAUUUCACAGCAUGUGUUGCUGUUAGUAGCAUUCACUUGCCUGCUUUGUGUCCAUGUCACUUUCGGCAAACCUUCUCAACCACCUUCGUAUUUCGGCGAGAACAGCAAGCAGGCGAAUCGAGUACCUCUGACUGCACCGCGUCAUCCCAACAUCAACAAUGAGGACCAUAUAGCAUUCAUGCAAAAGAGGUAUACGAAAGAACAUAAUGUCAAAAGGGCAGACUCGGUAAGCAAUUCUAACUCUAGUGCCACAAAUGCCAACGAUAAAGCACAAACAUUAGGAUAUCUUGGCUAUGCAUACUAUGCACCCUUGAAUGUAUCCAAAACCAAUCCUCAAUCACUUUUUGUUCAAUUGGAUACAGGUUCGGCGGAUUUAUGGAUCGUUUCUAGUUCUUGUCAAUCAGAACAAUGUCAAACUGAUACAGUUCUCAAAUUCGAUGAGAGUAAAAGUGACUCUUUUCGUUGGGUGGAAAUCGAUCAAACAUCUACAGCCGGACAAAAGAAUGUUACCGUGUCCGCUCAAGGUGCUCAGGCUACUGGAACUUCGUCAAGCUCAUCGUCUGGCAUUGGCAAUUCGAACGAUAAUCAAAAACGCAAAGUAAGCUUACCAAAGAUAUUGGCUGUACAACAACCAGACACAGGAAGAGAGGUACCUUUUGAUGUGGUUUACGAUGACAAUACCGCUGCAACAGGAGCAUUGGCAACCGAUCAAGUUAUGUUGGCAAAUCUGGCCUCACCAGAUCAAAUGUUUGGAUUGGUGAAUAGUACAAAUGUGACCUUGCAAACGCAAGGCAUUUCUGGUGUUUUGGGAAUGGGAUUCCCUCGAGGCAGUGCAAUCGCACGUAGUUUGGUCGGCCAAGAUGUCAAUACAAGCACGUCACCCGUAUUAACAAAUAUCUUGAGCAAUUCCAGUAACUCUUAUCCUCUCUUCACCCUUCUAUUGAAUCAAACAGGAGGUAUAUUGACUCUGGGAGCAGCCGAUCCUGAAAUUUUGACCAACGAAGAAGAACGUGGUCAGGUUGAAUGGCAUGAUGUUGUACCUUUCCCAUCAGGCAAUACGGCAAGACCGGCAAAUGCUAGUGUCAAUACAGAUGCAGAAGCUUUGGGUUCCUAUUUGUAUUGGGCUUUACGUCUUUCUGCAAUUGGUUUCAACGGCAACGGCGUCAAUAUCACACCUACGUACCAAGAAGUUGGAAAGACUCCUUUGGCUUUGAUCGAUAGUGGUGCUCCGGGUAUUGUUGGCCCGCCAGGUCAAGUUGAUGCCUUAUUCGGCCAAAUUGAUGGCGCACGACAUGUUGGAUCAGGAAGAUAUGUGGUUCCAUGUACGACACAACAAAGCAUGUUUUUCUCGUUUGGUGGCAGAAACUAUACAUUAUUGCCAACGGAUUACAUGAUCGGUCGUGCAACUGGAAAUCCAUAUUUGUGUCUUGCAUGGCCGGCUGCAAGUGAAGCAAGUCCUGAUGGAGUUGAUUGGGUGUUGGGUCAACCGUUCUUGCGUUCGCAGUAUUCUUUAUAUUCUCUCGGGAUCGCAAAUCGUGAAGCACCAAAAAUCGGACUUUACCCUUUACGUUCUUCUGCUGAUUCAACAAAUCCUGCUGAAGUUUUCCAAGCACAACCAACAGCAAAUAUAUCCGCCUAUCUUUCCAUGCAAACACCUAUUGCGACCACUUUGCCAAACUCUCUCGUUCCUUUGAGUACGGCUUUAACAACGCCUCAAUAUGUCUUUAUCAAUGCUACCAGUACACCUUCUAUCGGCCUUCUUCCAACGGCAGCCUCAAACGCAGGUAAUGGACUUUCUUCUUUUUCACCCAUCUUGACAGCCACAACGGACGAUUCACAAGUUCCAGUUCUUUCUGAUCCAUUUAGCAAUUUACCCGUUCCAUCUAAUCCUGCCGAACGUGCAAGCGAUACAGCCAUCAGCCUUCAUUCAAACACAAUAUCCUUCUGUAGGCUUGUCACUGCUUUUGCCGCAAUUAUGGCAUCUGUAUUUUUAUUUUAAAUUCGUUAUUCAUUUUUGUAUUAAUUUGAUUAAACUUUAUUGUGUUUUGAUG